AUUGUACAUCGAUUAUUUUAUUUGGGCAGUAAACUAUAAACGGUAUUAAGAACAAGGGGAGUUUCACGUUACUACAAAUUACCCAAAUAAAACGACUCCUCUGUAGAAACGUGCGUCAUCUCAGAUUUGUUUUAUGGGCUUUUUGUUUUCUACUUCAAUUUGAUCUCCGGCUGUUUCGUUUGCUGUUCUGCAGUGAUUGUGUAGUUGGUUUUGGAGGGAGUGAGAUUUCAGCACUUGGGUCUGCAUUGGGGAAGUGAUUUGUGGAGUUUAGUGAGUGGAAUUUGAGACUUGGGUGUUUGUUUGUGGUGGAUUUUAGCAUUGAUCAGAGAUAUAAUUUUGGUUUGGAUGAUAGGAUUGGGGAGAUGAGAGAAGGGUUUGAGGGAUUGGAGGGAGAGCUAUGACUUCAGGGUCACUAGGUCUCCGUACAGGAAGUUAUGGAUCAUUGCAACAGCACUUUCAGAACGGGUUUCGAACGAUUCCUACAGUUCCGCCAGUUGUUGUCCGGAAGGCUCCUAAGAUAUAUAAAGAGAAAGAAAGAAUGGUGACGUGGUUCUUUAAAUUUGCCCCUCGAAAGAAAGUGGGAAUGCUGCUCUUGUUUGCUGUUUCUGCGUUAGUGUUUGGAUGGGUGUUGUAUGUGGGAAAAGGUGGAGAUACCCAGGAAGGUGUUCAUAUACCGAGUAUGUCACUGAAUGAUACUUCAGAUUUUAUCCAUUCUGGGUAUUUUUCACCGAAUGCAGAUCAAAUUAAGUUUAGGAUUUUUAAUUCUUCUAUAGACCCACAAAGUAAUGUAGCACAGGUUCCUCCACCUCCCAAGUAUUUUACUGGGUACACCCUGCCUCCUGGAAAUCCGUGUGAAAGUUUUACAUUACCUCCACCACCAGCAGAUAAGAAACGGACUGGACCACGGCCAUGUCCAGUAUGUUAUCUUCCCGUUGAAGAUGCUAUUGCCCGGAUGCCGACGGCCCCAUCAUUUUCUCCUGUAAUUCAAAAUAUAUCUUAUAUACAUGAAGACUCACUAAGAAGAAGUGAGUUUGGAGGUUCAGAAUUUGGUGGAUAUCCGUCACUGGAGCAGAGAAAUGAUUCUUAUAAUGUAAGAGAAUCAAUGAGUGUACAUUGCGGAUUUGUUAGAGGAACUCAACCUGGACAUCAGACAGGAUUCGAUAUUGAUGAUUCUGACCUCCAUGAGAUGGAGAAGUGUAAAGGAGUGGUGGUUGCAUCAGCUAUAUUUGGGGCAUAUGACUUGAUUCAACAGCCGAGGAAUAUUAGUGAAACUGCGAAGGAAAAUGUUUGUUUCUUUAUGUUCUUAGAUGAAGAAACAGAUAAAUUUUUAAGGAAAACUACUGUGUUGGACAGUGAAAAUAAGCUGGGAUUGUGGAGGAUAGUUAUUAUCCGCAACCUUCCUUACAAUGACCCUAGAAGAAAUGGAAAGAUUCCUAAGCUUCUGCUGCACAGGCUUUUCCCCUAUGCCCGCUACUCAUUAUGGCUUGAUGGAAAACUUGAACUUGUUGUGGAUCCCUAUCAAAUUCUGGAAAGGUUUCUGUGGAGAAAAAAUUCAACUUUUGCAAUAUCUAGGCAUUAUAAGCGCUUUGAUGUGUUUAUUGAGGCUGAGGCUAACAAGGCUGCUGCUAAGUAUGAUAAUGCCUCCAUUGACUUCCAAACGGAAUUUUAUCGUAGGGAAGGUUUAACCCCAUAUUCAGAGGCAAAGCUUCCCAUAACAAGUGAUGUUCCGGAAGGAUGCGUAAUUAUAAGGGAGCAUAUUCCUAUUACCAACCUAUUUACUUGUCUUUGGUUCAAUGAAGUUGAUCGAUUUACAUCUAGAGACCAGAUAAGUUUUGCCACUGUAAGGAACAAAAUUACGUCGAAGACAAAUUGGACUGUUAAUAUGUUCAUGGAUUGUGAGAGACGCAACUUUGUAGUUCAGGCGUACCAUCGUGAUGUGCUUGAACACUUGUCUCCUCCCCCACCUCGUGUUACUUCUCGCCCUCCUCCCCCUUUGCCUCGAACACCAGACAAAAUGUCAUCCGGAAGUUCUAGAGGAAAUGUGGUACCAAAAAACAAAGUCCCAGCAAAGCAUCGUACAGACAGAAGAUCUGGUUCAAAACGUCAUCGCAAAGUUGCUGCUGGUAGUAGGAACAUCAGUUGAGAUCAAAAUUUUGUCUAGCUCAAAAAUAUCAUUCUUUCCUUCCCUGCUUUAAUGAUCCCGGGGUUAGGGGAGUGAGUUUCUUUCAGUCAUACCUCAUUUUUUCACCAAUUUAUAUAGUUAUCUCUUCCUCAAAUUUUUGGUGUAUAUAUAAUAUAUAAAAUACGGUUUAAUUUUAGACUAUGAUAAAUAUUAGUAUUGACAUUACAUAGGUCAUCAUGUUGUCAAGAAAAAACAUAUUCAAUAAUAUUAUUAAAUUUCAAACUUUAAAUUC